CAUUUCUACACCAGUACCACUGGGUAGGAAACGGUUUGUUGAACAAUUUAAGCAAUUUUCACGUAUUUUCAGUCGACAAUUUUCUAUUUAACGAAAAACCGGACAUUUUCCGCGUCGUAAAAACCGUUUGCGACGGCCGUGUCACGCCGUUAAUCAAAAGAAAAUCGCCGUGUUACGUCACGCUGGCAACAAGGCCAUUUUGAUUUUCGCUAGUUUGGGUAUUUAAUUUAUUUAUUUAUAUUUUUUCCACUUCGGGAUUUUUUCCUGGGAUUUGUGUGUUUUUGUGACGAAGAGAGAGAAAAAUUAUCAAAAUUCCGGUGCCUACGAGAAACAGGGAUACCGUACACGGUAGCGGUGAAAUGAACAACAAGAGGAAAAACAGGGGAGGCUCUGUCAGGACGCAAAGACAGAGAUCCAUUGUGACUGAAGGUGUAUACAGUAAUGCUGUAUUCAUGCAUGCCGCUACUUCCCAAGUAGGGAAUGUGGCUAGGAUAAUGACGGCUUCAGGACAAGUAUGGGAAGGUGUAUUUAAAACUUAUUCUCAAAAUUUCGACGUUGCACUGGAGGUCGUGACAAGAGUCGAAAAUCCUGAUGGACCUGAUUGUCGUUUAUUGACUGAAACUCACCAAGAUCGAUUAAUCUUUAAACCUUGUGAUAUUUUAAGUAUGACAUUCAAGAAUGUCGAUUUGGAUUAUCCUGUUAAGGAUACAUUUCAGACUGACACUGCAAUCUCAGCAAGACUUAAUGGUAGUAAAUCUGAAGAAAAAGAGUUGGAGCCUUGGGACGCUGGCCAACUAAAUGGCAACGAUGUAAGCUUAGAUUUGGAUGCAUCCAACGGCUGGGAUGUACAAGAUAUGUUCCGUAAAAACGAGCAGGAAUAUGGAGUUCAAUCCACUUUCGAUCAUUCACUAAGGGGCUACACUGUACCAUUACAAACAAGCGAUACUGCUGAUUAUAAAGAAGCUGCAGCUAAAGCAGAACAAAUAGCCAGUGAGAUUGAAAGUCAACCAGCAUACAAGGCCCGUUUGGAACUUGAAAAUGGUGACGAAGAGGCUGCUUUUGCUUCAGUAGUAAGGCCAACCCAGAACCCACAAGAAGCUUCUAAUGGCAAAUAUAUUCCCCCUGCAAAAAGAAAGGGCCAAAAUAAUGGUAAAUUGGUCCGAAGUACUCCACCUCCAUCUAGUGGUUCAAGUAGUCAAAAUUCACCUUCCCCUAAAGAAACUAGGCCCCCAGUUCAAUAUCCACCACCACACGUAAACCAUCAAAGCAACAUACAAGUUUCAAAUGCCCAUCCACAUAGUACUCCUCCUCAACAGCCUCAUGUGCAACCACCCCCUCAACAAAUUCAACAUGUGAUCCCACCGCCACAUUUGCAUAACACGAUGCCUCCUCAAUUGGUACAACAGAUGCAGAAUAUGCCUCCACAAGUACAUCAACCAAUGCCAAUGCCCCCACAUGUCCCUAUUCCUAACAAUCCACCGCCAAGACCAAGCUCUCACACACCUCCUCACCAAUACCAGCAAGGACCUCCACCCAGACAAGGUGGUCCUCACGGAGUACCUCAUACUGGUCCACCACCACACGGCAAGCCUCAAAUGAAUGGAGAUAUUAAAUCUGGGCCACAGCAACGCCAACAAAGGCAUCAAUAUCAACAACAGCAAAUGCAAGAGAGAGUUGGACCUCAGGGACAUCCACAGGUUCAAAUGGCUUAUCAGGAAGUAAAACAAGACUCUCCCCACCAAAUGCCACCACAGCAACUGCCCCCACAAAACAUGCCUCAACCACGUUCCCAACCUCCACCACACCAGCAACAACGGCAUGAUGGUCCUCCAACACCCCAAGCGCAAGAGGGUCUAAAAGACCUCCAAGCGUUUUCCCACGACUUCAAGUUGGCCUCAAUGCCUCCCCAUACAAGUCCAACUUUACCUCCUGUACAGCACGUGCCCCAAGGCAUUCCUCCGCAGGCUCCUCCUCACAUGUCUGGAGCGGAAUCUCCACAGUUGGUGCCUCACAUGGGACCGCCACCAGUGCAAGCACACAGCGCUGGAACUUCACCUAACAGUAGCAGUAGCAACCUUAGUACUAUAAAUAGUAGUGUAGCAGAUCAAAGUCAGUCAUCUGGAGGAUCACAAAAACAGCCUAGCCCAGCACAAAGUCCUCAAAGUAAUGAGGGUGAAAAAUUGCAAAAUACUGUUGCCAAGUCUAAAUUGAAUCCUAAUGCCAAGGAGUUUGUGUGGAAUCCAAUUGCUAAGCCGUACCAACCCAGGUCUCCAAGUACUCCAUCAGCUAGCAGACCUCAUACUCCUCAGACUCCUUCUCACAGUCCUUAUAUUGCUGUGAGUGGACCUGGAGGGCCUCAAAUGCCUGUUAUGAUGCCUAUGCACUACAUGACUAUUAGCCAGCCUCAGUAUCAGCCUCCUCCACCACAGCAAAACAGAAUUAGGAAAAUUCCAAUGGGCCAAAUUCGCACGGACAUGGCGUCACAAAUGCAACAUGCAGCCGCCGUUACGGGUCAACCUCUAUUAGCUCCAGCCCCAAUUCCUGCUCAAUUUAUAUACAAUCCACAAGCAGCCGCAGCUGCAGCGGCUCACAAUAUGAACCAAGCAGCCUACCAACCUGCUACAAUGGCUGCGAUGCACGCUAUAAGAAUGUAUGAUGCUGCAGCUGCGGCCGCUGCACCUCAGCAGAUGUCCUAUAUUACUCAGCCUCAGCCGAGUGGUACUCCGUCGCCUGCGCAGCAAUACAAUCAAGCAGUGCAACAACAGCAAGGACCUCCGCAGGGCUAUCAGACUGUUCCGCAGCAACAGCCACCGCCUCAGAUGCCCAUGUUUUGUAUUCCCACACAACCUCACAUGUUGCAAAAUGUUCCAUAUUUGCAGCAAGUGCCACCCCCACACCACCAACAACAACACGUUCAGGUGUUAGUACAACAUCCCUCCCAAGGCAAUCACCAUGGUCCCAAUCCUUAACGCUGAAUCGAACAGCGUGAAAGGGUGAAUUUCAAAUAGAAAAUGUUAUUAUUUUUAGAUAGUAAGGAUUACCCCACGUGGUUUUGUCUCCUUACCUGAAACCGAACAGUUGCAGGCAAAAUUUAGAUUUAUCAAUCAGAGUUACUUAGAAAAUGGGUUUGUAAAAAACAGCGUAACUUUCUCAACAAGGGAUAUAAAAAAGGCCUGAAGAGCCUUGACUUGAUAAACACUUCACUGAAUCAUUAUUAGUUCGGUGGUGUGGUUUUUGGUAGAGUUAAUACCAAAUGUAGAAAGUUCGCUUAACAUUUCAAAACUUUAAUUGAGGCUGUCCCAAUUUUGCCUGCAACUGUAAGGUUUCAGUUAAGAUUCAUCGUCACUAUCAUUUUCUGAAGACUUUGGGUUUGUGAGACAAAAUGAGUUAUUUGAAUUUAAAUUAAAGGCCAAACAAUGUAUUGUUUUUAGAAAAAUAAUUUAACAACAAAAUAAAUUUCUGAAGGUGAAAAAACAUCUAUUUUUUUUUUAGUUUAUCCAUCCAGAAUAGUGUUCGAGAUUUUUCAAGAUUGACAAUUAUUGUAACUUUUCUGUUUAUCUACAAGCAGCUUAUUGUUUUUGCAAACCCGAUUCUUCUUAUUCUAAGUAUUUAAAAACUCUUCAAAGUUAGCAGUUAGUAAACAAAUUUCCCAUUCUAGUAGAAAUAUAUUUUUCCUUAUUUUUUCCAUUAUUAGCUUACUUCCUAAAAAUGCUUUUUAAUGUAAAAUAAUUUAUGAACUACGGGAACAUGAAAAAAAUUAUCAAUUGGUGUUUUUCAAAUUGAAUAUGUAAAUUAAAUUGAAAAAUACUGAAACAAGUUGUAUAUUAAAAAGCAUUUCUUUCAUUCCAUAUGCUAUUUAAGUUUCUUUGAAAUAUUGAGACCGUGUGGCAAAGACCUUUUCAAAUUGUAAAAAAAAUUAUAUUUUGAACUUCAAUCUAAAUUCAAUAACGCAGAGAUACAUUGUUUUCAUAUUUUUUUUCUGGAAUUUUUGAAUAUGACACUUGAUCAAAUUGGUCAUUGCUAAACUAUUUGGUCAGUUUACUUAUACAAAUGAAUAUAGGCCCUAGCUCAUCAGAUAAAUGGGAUAAUAUGUAUCAUAACACCUUAGCUGCGAUUGUUCAAGGCAUGGUUAAAUAUGAUAAAUAAAUAUUUCAUCAGAAAUAUUACUGAACAAUUUAGGACAAAAUGAAGCCCAAGUUAUGAACGACUCGUAGAGACAAAAAAUAUAUAUGUAUAUAGAAACUUGUGUAAGAAUAAUAUCCCUUUUUUCUCUAUUGUUCAUUUCUUUGAUUCCAAAAACCAACUCUGACUCUUAUAAAAUUGAUUUCAUUUUUGGAAUACAAUAAUUUAAGAUUUUAUGCUUGAAAACCUUUUAAACACUCCUGAAAUCGGUACGAGUCUGACAAUAUCGGUUUUAAUAAUAAAUUGGUAGCCACAUCUAGCAUACAUAAAGUCAAAAGUUCCAUCAAACAAUAAAGGUCAAAUAUUAUCUGAUUCCCUGUUCUAAGCUUAGGUGAGAUCAGAUUAAACACAUCAAAAUCUGAGACCUAAUCUGUAGCAUCAAAACAAUGUUUUUCCUGCAUUUACUGAAAUACUAUUAAACAAAAAAUCUCUAUAAGAUGUUCUUAAUAUUAAAAAACUAUCCUAUUUUCAGUACCUACAUGGUUGUCAUGGUGUGGAUUUUACCUGUGAAAUCAUUCCUAAAAGACCAUAUAUGAUUUCAAGGCCUAAUCCUAAAUUCGAGAUUUUUUUAUAAACAAUGGUACAUGAAAAAUAUAUUGUCAAAUACACGAUCCAAUCAAAAGCCUUCUUCUAUCCUUUUCCUUCUAAACGAAAUAUUACAGCAAAAAAAUUGUUAGUUUUUUUUUUUUAGAUAGUUAUAUUAUUGUUAUUGCAUUUUUUUGUUAAUAGUCAUUUUUUGAACUUUUUCAUUUAUUAUGUACUGUCACUUUUGUUUCUAUCUUGUUUUGAUAGAGUUUAAUUAAUCGUCUUUUUUCAUCAUUAUUAGCAAUUAAUUUAGUUAGAUGUGUGUUGAGUGGUAUUUUGUAUUUUUGAAAAUUUCACAACACACAUUUUCAUUUGUGCCUAUGAUCAUCAAAAUGUAGACGACGCGACCUCUGUAAAUUGAAAGUUUUCUAAACAUUUUUGUUUUUAUAAUAUAUUUUUUGAGGCCAUCUACAUUUUGAUAUUUAGACAAAAUAAUUUUUAAAAAUACCAAAUACAACCCCAAAGAGGUGUACCUCGAAAUUGGUACUAAAAUUAAAUUUUUAGAAAGGCAAAAAAGGCCUUCUAGCAUAAAUAACAUGUGGUUCCACGUCCUCACGCACUCUCCAGCUGGUUGGACAAAUUUAAUGCGUGGACUGAUCAUAAAUAUUCGGACCUUCAUUAUUAUUUAUUUUUUUUUUUUAUUAAAAAGUAAAUUCAAACGAAAUACAACUAUCAAAUAUGCGGGUAGACGCAAAGCGCAUUGAAAGUAAAAAAGGUGCCUUAGUUAUACAGGGUGUCUUCCAAUAAGAAAAAACUACCCUAAUGUUCCAUGACUUAAUAGCAAUAAAUAAACGCAAAUCAUGUAAAAAAAAGCACCCUGUAUAUCUUAUAAUAAUAAUAUAAUGUUUGUUAAGAAUAAUUAAUUUAUAUUUGAUUUUUUUAUAUAUUGUGAAUUGUAAAUGUAUUUCGGCACCCGUACAUUUUGUUCGUAACAAUUAUCAUCAGUAAUUCAUUAUUACAUUCUCAGAUUCAAACAAAGUAUUUUCACUUUUUUGUUUCAUAUUAAUUUUCAUUUACACUUUUGGUUGAAAAUACAAAAAGUAUUUUCAAUUCUUACUUUGCCAAAAAAAUUUCUUUUUCCAAGGAAAAAAUGAAAAAUAAUAAAACUGGAAAAAAAAAAUAAAAAAAACCGAUUUUCCUGUUCAAAGUUUAUUUUCGAUUUUUUUUAUUACAAAUAAAAACAUUUUUGGUUUAUUUGUAAAAUGGCGUAGUUUGAUUUUGACCCCUAAUUCUUCAGUCAAAUCUUUUGUUUUGUUGUUCCUCAAUGCUUUCAACAUUCAUUUAGGCAACCUCAAUCCUUAAUAAUCUGGAGAGCAAUAAAAAUUGCUAGUGUUUAUUAUACUGAGUAAGUGUUCAUGUUCUGUAUAUUGUUUUGUUCGUAAAGAAUCCUGCUUUUUAUUAAUGGUGUGAAGUUGAUCCAUCUUAUUUUAUAUAUUUCUCAUUAAGUUCAUUAAAUACAAGUACAAUUACUACAAAUAACUUGUUUCUGCUGAAGUCAUGAAGGGUAACUUUGAAUGUUGGUAGAUCCUAGUUAAUGGACUGCUAUCAGUGAUCAAUUCAAACUUACGGACAAAGAGAAACAUGUUAACCGAAAACAUAAUAGCAAGUGCUAAGCAGUUGAUUGAUUGAUUGAUUGAUUUGAUCAACAGCAGCAAGGUAAGGUAUAGUGAUUCCCUGACACUGCAGCUAGUUAGCUUAUUGUAUCCCCUGCUGUGUGACAUAUCUCUAUUUCAUGUAUUUCGGAUUCGGAUACGGUGGUGUGCUUCCACAGCGGAGAAUACCAUUUUGAUCUUGGGGAUAGGCCAUAUACUCCGGCACCGGUUCCAUUGUCGGUUUUGGGAUCAUCGGUGUCCAUACUAAGUUUCUAUUCUGAGCUAAUGAGUUUUCUAUUUUAUUUUCCCAGUUAAUCUGGGUUUGAAACGGUUUGUGAGUAUUUAUUCUUGGAGUCAUUAUGUCACUUCUCAUCUCAUAUAGCGAGUUUCUAACAAUGUUUGAUAUCCGUACGUUCAGAUGUUCUUCUCAGAUUCCAGUUCUGGCUACAGUUGAGUCUGUAGGCC